UAACCGCAGUAGGUACAGGAAGUCAAUUGAGAAAAACGGAUCGGGUGCAGUGAGAGAACUUGGGGGAGGUUGAGCGACCAGCUUGCCUUCGCUAGAGGAAGACCUAUGAAGUUAUCCUGAUAUAUUUGCUUACGAACUAAGCAGAAACUCUUGAAACCUGUGUGACACAAGGUCGAAUAGGAUCAAUUGCACAAUUUUCCAUUCAGAUGGCUCCUGCAGUGGACAUUGGACAAAUUGAAAUAUGUGAGGAAUUGGACCGUGUUAUCCUGCACCUUUUUGAUGCUCUAGAAAUCCUCCAGACCAAGAGAGAAGCUUUCAAUAGCAUGGUGGAGCAGGGUUGGUUCUCACUCUCCAAAUCUCGCUAUGCCAUGGGUAACAAAUCUGUAUCUACCCUGCAAUAUGGACACCAGAUGACACCACUUGUUCGGAUAGAAACAAGCAAGGCAGAAGAUGGGCAGACUCAGUUUCAGGUGAUCACAGAAGAUGCUUUCAAAGGGAAAGAUGAAAACCCAGCUUUUGUGGAAGAGAUUGGCCCCAGUGAACAAGUUCUACGGCGACGAAAAGGUCCAGGAAAAGCAGAGGAUGUGGCCCAACCCCAGAAUACAGCAUCCCAGCCUGCAGAGACCUUAGGCCACCAAGACCCCCUGAACUGGUUUGGCAUCCUUGUGCCUCAAAGCCUCCGACAAGCUCAGAAGACUUUCCGAGAAGGGAUCAACCUGGCUGCAGAAAUUGCCUCAAUACAAAGUGAAAUUGAGGCUACUCGAAGUUAUUACCAGUCACUGCUGGGAAAAAAACAAAAACUGGUAGCUGGAAAGAAGCAGUACUCUCCUUGAUCAAUAAUGAUCACCUCUGCUGAUAUAAUAUAAGCUAUGAAGUAUAGCUUAUAUUUAUUGGAGCAGUUUUGGAAACCUCAGUGUUUGUUCUGAACUGUUUUUAAAUCUCUAUGUAAAAGAUAAUUAUAAUUAUUAAUGGCUUUGUAAGUUACAGGUGCACUUUAGAUUUGUUUGCAGAAAGCUAAAAUUGAUGUAUUUUAAAAUAAAGCAUAGCUGGAAAAUCUAGCUUAGUGUAUAUACAGCAUUCUUCAUCUUGCCUUUUUUUCUUAUUUGUCUGAGGCAAUAUGUCUGUUAAAGUAUUGAAACAAAUGUCUUUGGUUUGUAGGUUUGAUUUUCAUGUGUCUUAUAUGCUUUCAUCGUAAGCAAAACUUUUCUGUCUAUCAAACCAAAAACAGAUUUAUAUAAGGCACACGUUUUGAUUGUGAUUAAUCUAGGAGGGCUUUUUAACAUUUGACAUCUUGAAGGAAAAAAGUGGCAAUCCCAAAGAUAUAGGCCCCUAUAUUGUCUUACUUGGAUGCGUAUCUCUUUAAGAAAAAGUUCAAAAGUGAAACUAUGGUUUUUCAUUUUAAUAAAAAAUUCUCCUCUGCC